AUGGGCGCCUGGGGACGAUCGCGGCUAUGGAUGAGGUGCCUCUUUCAAAGGUGCCAGGUUGCCGGCAUUGCCCACGUACCUGCUUUAGCCCGGCCAGCCCUCGAAAGAUGGGACGUCCGACCGCUUGCCGCGGUGUUGACGCUAGCGCUGACGGCAGAGCAGGCGCGGCGUGCGCAGGGCAAGGUAGGCUGUGCCUCCACCCAGCGCAUCAGCCUCGGCCAAGUCACAGAGUUCGAGGAGGCCAGUAUGCGGGAGGUGAAGAUGGAGGGAGGUGGAGCCGUGUUGGUUCACCGACAUCAGGGCGAGUUUUUCGUGACCUCGCCGGCCUGCGCCCAUUACGGGGCCCCGCUCAGGAAGGGCAUCAGCUCUGCCGGAGGUCGUGGUGGGCCGCCCACCGUCACCUGCCCACUGCAUGAUGCCACCUUCGACCUGAGAACUGGUCAGGUUGUCAGAGGACCCAGUGUGGAUGGCAUCGCAGUCUACAAGUCUGAGGUGAAGAACGGUGUCCUGUACGCAGACAUCCCGCCCGAGCUGGUUGCUGGAACCGGCAAGCACCCAAAGGCACAUGAACUAGCCCUGAUGUUUACCAGGGUUUCGAAAUGUUGUGAGAGUACGGUUGUGGCAUAA